CUAUUUCCUUCUGCUCUAACAAUAAAAGACAAAUUAGCCAUCUUCCUUCAUUGUGGAUUCUUCUCCUUCUUCUUCUUCUUCUAUAUCACGCGAAGUCAUCGAAACCCAUUCAAAUUCACAACACAAUUUUCAUUCUUUUGGAUGAAAGAGGUUCUUCUUCUUGUUGUGGUCUCUUUGGCCUUUUGUUUGACCCUCUCAGUCUCAGUGUCAGAGUCUCAAUCUGUUUCACUAUUGCCUCAUGCUCAUGAAUCCUUCAAUUUCAGUUAUAUUAAGAUGAAGAAUGAGGCAAGUUGUUCUUACUUUGUGGUUAUAUCUACUAGUUGUUCGUCUACUAGGUAUACGAGGGAUCAAAUCAGUAUUUCUUUUGGUGAUGCUUAUGGAAACCAGAUAAAUGCACCAAGACUAGAUGAUCCAUCUUCUGGUACAUUUGAGAGCUGUUCGUCCGAUACGUUUCAGAUAAAUGGUCCAUGCGCCUAUCAGAUAUGCUAUGUGUACCUCUAUAGAUCUGGCUCAGAUGGUUGGAAACCCGACACGGUGAAAAUCAAUGGUAAUAGUGGCGGUCCAGUUACUUUCUAUUACAACACUUUCAUUCCCAGAGAUACAUGGUACGGGUUUAAUUUAUGCAGCGAUGCCGCUUCUUCAUACAAAGUACCUAAUCGGAAAUGGCUACUGUUAGUUAUUCUAGGAGUUGUUCUAAGUUUCUGGCUGUAAGUUUAUGUCCUUUUCAUCGCUUAUGUUUCCUUUAGAUGUAGCCAUGAAACUACGCAGUUAAGUACUCUCUCCGGUCUUCGAAAUGUACUUUUAUUCCCUACAUUUCUUUAUACUUGUAGCCAUGAAACUUUGUAAUCAAGUAUUGUAUGUAUAAGUAGCUGGUUGAGAGGGGAGAUGUGGAAGACCCUUGGCCAGGUGGGUUCAUUAGUUAAUUAUGUGGCUUUCUAGUUUCUUUUCAAA